AUGGGAGCAACAGAGCCGUUCGCUCUGACGCUUGCUCUGUCCCAUUCGCCUCUUUGGUCUCGCGUCAUCGCUCCCCAUGGGAGCAACAGAGCCGUUCGCUCUGACGCUUGCUGUCUCGUCCGCCUCUUUGGUCUCGCGUCAUCGCUCCCCAUGGGAGCAACAGAGCCGUUCGCUCUGACGCUUGCUGUCUCGUCUCGCCUCUUUGGUCUCGCGUCCUCGCUCCCCAUGGGAGCAACAGAGCCGUUCGCUCUGACGCUUGCUGUGUCUGUCCUCUCUCUUUGUCUCGCGUCCUCGCUCCCCAUGGGAGCAACAGAGCCGUUCGCUCUGACGCUUGCUGUGUCUCAUCCGCCUCUUUGGUCUCGCGUCAUCGCUCCCCAUGGGAGCAACAGAGCCGUUCGCUCUGACGCUUGCUGUGUCUCAUCCGCCUCUUUGGUCUCGCGUCCUCGCUCCCCAUGGGAGCAAAGAGCCGUUCGCUCUGACGCUUGCUGUGUCUCAUCCGCCUCUUUGGUCUCGCGUCCUCGCUCCCCCAUGGGAGCAACAUAG